AUGCCUGGCAUUGACCCAAACAUCAUCUGCCAUCGGCUCCAUGUCAACCCUGCUAGCAAGCCCGUGGUGCAGAAGAGACGCAACUUUGCUCCCGAGCGGGUCGCGAUCAUUGAAGCCGAGAUCGACAAGCUCCUAGCUGCCGGUUUCAUUGAAGAGGUCUCCUACUCGGAAUGGCUGGCUAACGUUGUUCUGGUGGCAAAACAAGAAAAGGGAAAAUGGAGAGUAUGCGUUGAUUACACCGACCUCAACAAAGCGUGCCCUAAAGACAACUUCCCACUGCCGAGAAUCGACCAGCUCGUGGAUUCAACUUCCGGCAACCAGCUGCUCAGCUUCAUGGAUGCUUACUCCGGCUAUAAUCAAAUUAUGAUGUACGACGAUGACAAGGCGAAGACCUCUUUCAUCAUCGAAAGAGGCACCUACUGCUACAAGGUCAUGCCCUUUGGGCUGAAGAACGCCGGAGCAACCUACCAAAGGCUCGUGAAUAAAAUUUUCAAGGAGCAGAUCGGCAGAACCAUGGAGGUGUACGUGGACGAUAUGCUGGUUAAAGCCCCCAAGCAGGCAGACCACCGCAUUCCUUGCAAAGUAUGGCAUCAAACAGCACCUGUCAACUCCCAUAUACCUGCAAGGCAAUGGCUAAGCAGAGGCAUCCAACAAGAUCGUGCUGGACUGCCUAAAGGAAAGACUGGAAUGCGCAAAAGGAAAAUGGGUCGACGGGCUACCAGGAGUCUUAUGGGCUUAUCGCACAACCAAAAGGAGAUCAAUCGGAGAGACCAUUUUCCCUGGCCUAUGGGAACAGAAGCAAUCAUUCCCCCACACAUCACAGUCCCUUCCAUGAGUAUCGAGGUGGGCAGUCUUGACCAAAACUGCAAGCAGAUGAAAGUCAACCUUGAUCUGUCGAAGAGGAACGAGGAAAGGUCAUUGUUCGAGUUGCAGCUUACCAGCAACAGCUCACAUCUUGCUACAAUAAGAAGGCCAUUGUUCGAGUUGCAGCUUACUAACAGUAGCUCACAUCUUGCUACAAUAAGAAGGCCAUUGUUCGAGUUGCAACUUACCAGCAGCAGCUCACGUCUUACCAUAGCAAGAAGACCAUUGUUCGAGCAGCAGCAUACCAUCAGCAGCUGGCAUCUUACAAUAACAAGACCAUUGUUCGAGUUGCAGCUUACCAGCUCGACUCCAAGUAGGCGACAGGCCUCCUUCAUCUCCAUUGCAGACAAGCUGCUCCGCGAAGCACGAACUCAAUGGAGCCUUUUUCGAGCAUUGUGUCUCUGA